GCUACUGCCCCUGCGCCAGUCGCCGGCCUGCGCAAGAAUGGCAAGCAGUGGCACGAACCGAAGAAGGCCUUCCGGCUCACGGCUGGUCAGACGAGCUACGCAAAACGAGUCGCACGAGAGGCGCAGGCCGCCGAGGUGAAGAAGGUCGAGAAUGAAAUGAAGGGCGAGAAGGAACAAGAGCGACAGCGGCGCGUUCAAGCCAUCAAGGACAAGCGUGCAGCAAAGGAAGAGAAAGAAAGAUAUGCCAAGAUGGCAGAGAAAAUGCACAAGAAGCGUGUGGAACGCUUGAAGCGAAGGGAAAAGCGCAAUAAGCUGCUCAAGUCAUAAGCAACAAGCUUCUUAGUGGACACCUUGUCUUGCAUCAUGCUAUGGCAACCUCAAGACUCGCGAGACGCAGAUGCGCUCUGCCGCGUGAAGCAGAUAUUCAUUCUGCCCGUUGCCGCCAUUCUGAUAUUGAAGGCGGCACCUGUGGGCAUGAGAAGAUGUCGACGCUGCAUGAAUCGAUGCUUGCCUUCUGAAUGGCUUCACUGUCCCAGCCUUCAAAGACAAUGAUACUUCGGCCGCUCUCCCGUCGCUACAACAGCGCAGAAAUUCUCAUGAAAACUGCAGCACCUGAAAGCGUCGAACCUACCGCCCGGCCGCCAAACAGGUGAUGCAGACUUGAUCCGGAAAUACUUGACCUUACUCCAUGGUCGAGCUGAGGCACUGUUUUGUCUGUCGACGAGGUGACAACCUGGACUCGCAAAGCAGCACACUACGGUAUACCCGCCUCGUGAUUUUCCUGUGCCACUGCGGUAGCUGCCUUAUGCCAGUCUGUAGACUAAAUGCAACCGUGCCUGUUCCACGGCGCUCUUUCUUCUUCGGGUGGCAACUGCAAACUCUAGUGAUUGAGCAGCCUUGCUUGAAAGGAGGACAUAUUCACGUCAUCAGCCGGAAAAUUAUUGUUCACUCAGGCAAAAACGCCUAUCAUGCAAAGGAGCACGAUCUAUUGGACAGCAAGUCAGGGUUGGAAUGACCUCCGCAAGAAGGAUCGGGCGAAUCGCCUUUUCUGGUAUUCGCAACAAGAAGCAAUGUUGAUGCGGCAUGCCCAAGAUCCAUAUGCUGAAAUCUAUUGUCCCCCGAUCGUAGGAGGUAGUGUGCUUCCAACGGAGGCGGCACCUAGACAGGCUCGUGCCGCCGAGGGAUCCCCCAACUCAUGACAUGUACGUGGCUACAGAGUUCGCACCUAGUUUUGCUAUAGCGCAUCAGGACGCAUGUGAUAUGACUGGACCAGACCCUGAGACGCAACGGGCAAGAGGGCAUAUGCCUUGUCUGUGACAGGUCUACAUGCAGCAUUCAUCGAUGUUCGGGAUGUGGCAGUCGUUGAUGUUGUCGAUCAUAUUGUCUGCAAAUAUGCCGAUUGUGCUCUUUGUAACGAUGUCCUGGGAGGUAGGAAGUAGGAUAUCUUCCGACUCGAUGAGACCGAGGCUGAGACCUGUUUCCAAUUCUGUCAAUUGCACGACGAAGGAUUUCCAAGACAUGGGGCGCAUCGAGGCGCAAAGUGGCGUAGGAGAUCGACAAACCACGAGGCUACAGCACCAACGCGCUAUUGGCUCUGGAUCCCCCGAGAACCGCAUUUCAGCUUACCACUUUCGACCAUAAAUGGCAGUGAUGGCAUUGAUUUCGCUCAGCUAACCUGAAGCGACGUCUUUGUCUUGGGUAUAACCAUUGAGUGAGUAAUGG